AGAAUGAUGAAGUAAGAGGCGUGACUGUAAACGGGUUUGGUUCCAAUGCUCUGAACGAGAGUUGAUGAUAGAAAAUGGAGAUAAGGAAGAAGAGAGACACGUUUCAAACAUAAGUAAUCGGUCUGAUUUAGUAGAUGAGGACGACGAUGUGAAGAAUUAGUGACAGCUCGUUUUUAAUCUCACCAAUUCCCAGAAUGGAUCCCGUUUAAUCAAACUAAAGGCACCCAAAUUAUUUUCAGGUGCUCAAUCCCCCAAGAUUUGUGGUUUGAAAGAGAGCAGUGGAGGUUAGGGGUCGUAGAGCGCGAGGGAGUGCUGUAAAGCGACCUAUAUGUAUGUGUUCAAUCUUAUCAGGUGAUGCGUGGAGCAUGAAGUUCAUUCUCGCAGGGAUAUUUGUAUUGAGAUGUAAUUUUUAUUCAAAUUUUGCACAAGGUGCCACUACAACUAGACAAACAACUUUUAAAGAUCACUCAGCGCACGUAAGCACAUCAACACAUUCGACACACGCAUCAACUACCACACCGGGGCCAAUUGCUUAUGAGCUUCACAGGGAUAAGAUAAUUCCAGAUCUAUCAACCUUGGACAAAUGUCCGCAGCGUGUUUUAAAGGUGAUUUAUGAAGAAGAUGGCUAUGGCGCCGUUUGUUAUGGUAAUACCUUGAAAGCGGCUACAGCUCAUGCCGCUCCAGAGAAAGUAGCGUGGAAAUACGAGAAUCCAGAUGAGGCCACAUUCUACACGAUAAUUUUUGUUGAUCUUGAUGCGCCAUCGCGAAGUAACCCGGUGGACAGAGAAUGGUUGCAUUGGAUCGUUGGGAACAUCCCUGACAAUAGGUUGCAUUCAGGACAAACGAUAGCAGAGUAUAUAGGACCAACUCCAAUGCACGGAAACGGUACUCAUAGAUUUGUAUUCCAACUGUUUCUGCAAGAAAAAGGGCGGAAGAUCCACUUUGAGGAGACCUAUCUGACCGCUAGGGCGAAUGAUCCGAGAAGAGCGAAAUUUUCAUCAAAAGAAUUUGCCAAGAAGUAUAGUCUAGGCCGACCGCAUGCCGUGAAUUAUUUCUUGGUAACAUGGCCGGAGGAGCAGGAAUUAGAGGAGGGCGAGGCGCCAGUACAACCCCCAGUAAUUCCUAUGACCACAGAGGAGUAUACUGAAAUUGAUCUUCUGAACUGGUGACGUAAAAACGUGUGCUACCGUCCAAUAUGUCUCGAGCAAUAAAUUGUUUGGUUACUUUUA